AAAAUUUAUUAAUUGAAAAAAAAAAGAUAAAAUUUUCAUUCUUUAGAAAUCGCCUCCCGUUGGCGCGGAGCUGACGUGGUUUCUUUUAUAUCCACAAAUGAUUUGUGACGACGGAGGGGAAGCUUUCUGUUCAGUGCUCGUUCCAAUGGCGAUUUCUAUGGCUCUUACGAAGAUCAACCUCCUCCGAUUUCCUCCAUCGUCUUCCUCCCGCUCUUCCUUCAAGCCUGCGCGCUGCUCAUCUCUCCAACAGGUUCAAUUACAGGCUGACUCAACAAUUGCAUGUGAACCUUGUAACGGUGAAGGAUGGAUAGUGUGUGAUUUCUGUAAAGGGCAGAAGACUAACGUGAAGGCCGAGAACAAUCGUAUCUACCGACGAUGUCCAUCUUGCAGAGCCGUCGGAUAUGUUCUAUGUUCAAAGUGCAAGGUGUUCAAGUGUGUCACUUUCCCAAACUUCAGUGACGGAGCUAAAAUAUGCAGGAGCUAAACUUCUUGGAUGCUUGAAGAGGUGGAUUUCAAUUCCGUUACAUGUCUUCAUUGAUCUGAAAUUAUUUUCAUGUUCGCAUAACUUAUGUAAUCUCUUAUCAACAUGCAUUAUGUGCAGUGGCCAUUAUUUUCUUCCUUCACAUAAUUCCUAAUUUACUGGUUGAUGUAUAAAUCGAGGCUUUGUCUGUGUCUAUGCCAAUGGCUGUAUACCUUAAGCUCCUCUUCUUCUCUCCAAUUUAUCUCUUGGUAGAAUCUAUCCGUACUUCAUUUCAUCCUUUGCAA